UCCGCCACUUAUAAUCAAGGCCCCACAUCCCAAACUCACCUCUACUGCUCUACAGCUCUUCCCCAUUCUACAUUCAUUCUCUCUCCCCCCCUAUAUAUAUACCCAUAACAUAUACAUACAGAGAUCCGACAUUUACGAAUCUUAACUCCGUCACCCACCACUAACGGCAAUGGACGCACCCUUCCCCACCCUCCCCACUCCACUCUCUUCCCUCAACCACAGGCAUAACCAAAAACCCAACGGCUGUAUCAUCGACGGCGUCAAAGCGGCCGCCAAAAUGGAAGGCGGAGAUAAGAAGAAGAAGGGUUAUGGCGGAAGAGGGUUGUUUGAGAAUGCGUCGUUUAUGAAGUGGGGAACGGAGGACGUGCUGGGCGUGGCGCGGCACCACCCGAUACCGUGCUGCUUCGCGGCGUCGCUGUUGAUGUUCAUGGCGGUGGAGUACACGCUCCGCAUGAUCCCGCCGUCGUCGGAGCCGUUCGAUCUGGGGUUCGUCGCCACGCGGCCUCUCCACCGCGCGCUAGAAUCCCGGCCCAAUCUCAACACCCUUCUCGCUGGCCUCAAUACGGUGUUUGUGGGAAUGCAGACAGGGUAUAUACUUUGGACGUGGCUGGUGGAAGGGAGGCCGAGAGCGACGAUCUCGGCGCUGUUUAUGUUUACGUUUAGAGGAAUUCUGGGCUAUUCUACGCAGCUUCCAUUGCCUCAGGGGUUCUUGGGAUCGGGUGUGGACUUUCCGGUUGGAAAUGUAUCGUUCUUCUUGUUCUAUUCGGGCCACGUCGCUGCAUCCGUGAUAGCCUCGCUUGACAUGAGACGGGUGCAGAGGUGGGAGUUGGCCCGAACUUUUGACAUGCUCAACGUGUUGCAGUUCGUGAGGCUGCUGGCCACUAGGGGCCACUACACGAUCGACUUAGCCGUGGGCGUUGGAGCCGGAAUUCUGUUCGACUCCCUGGCCGGAAAAUACGAGGAGAGCAGGAAAACGCCUACCAUAAUCAGUAUCACCAACGGGGCUUUAUUUGCUGACGCCAAGAAACCAAUAUGGGAAUGGGAUGCUCUGAAUGCGUCUUUGAAGUGUGCAGAAAAAGGAGUGGGGAGGUAGGCUAAAAGGGUCAAUGUGGUGGUGGGGCUUUUUUGGUCAUUUUCCUGUCUGAAAAUUGGACUUACCCUCUGUUCUGGCCUAUUUCAGAACAGUGUAGUUUCUCUUUUUGUAUCCAAAUGGGUUUAAUUGGGGCCUAAGGUGGCUGAAAUGCCCUUGUCUCAGUAAGAAAUGAGAAUGGAAUUGGCCAAUUCCGAUU